ACCGAUUAAUGAAGGGACUCGCCGGCGCGGCCGUUGCCGGGCGACGGGCGGGACCGCGGCGGGGCCGGGCCCGGGGCUCUCGCCGGGGCUCUCGGAGGGCAGGACGGCGGCCUCGGGCACUGCGAGGCGGCAGCGAGACGCCGCCGCCAUGUCGGGGGCAGGCGCGGCCGACCGGGUGGUGCAGAAUGAGCUACAGGAAGCAAUUUCUGCUCAUGCAUCAAGUGAGCAAACAGAUGAAUACUCGGACGACUUUGAGAGUGAUGAAGAUGGCAUGUUAAAUGGUAUUGAUGAAGAACUUACUGAAGGUAAUUCAGGUGCUGCAAGCACUGGUAAAUCCGUUGUUGUUGGGAGUCCUCUCUUGAAUGAUGAUGCUUCACAAAAACUAGCAGAUUUGGAAAAUGAAGCUGCUGAUGACUUGACUUUAUCCUUUCAUGAAAAGAAACAUAAGAAAAUAAUGGUUUUAGAAGGUGAUAAUGUACCAGAUGACAGAAAAGAUGGUGAAGAAUGUUUGGAAGGUCCAAAUGAGGGUAAUGACAGAAAAAAUAAUGAAGUGCUUUCAGCUGCUGAAGAAGUACCCUGUGAUAAUAGUGAAAGUGAUGACUUGCCUAUUCAUGAACUACAUAAAAAAAGAAGUCAAGAGGAAAAGCAACCAACAGCAAAGCCACGGCUGCACAAACAAAGAAAUGCUUCAGCAUCAGAUCAAGAUCAGAAGACUGUCAACACCAGUGACUUGAAACUGGAGGACAAUGAUAGAAAAUCUCCUUCUGUGAUAGAAGAAAUGAUGACCACAGUGUAUGAGAAGACAAGGGAAUUGGAGAACCCAACAGCUGACAGUUCAGAUGGAACAGUGAAAAUAGCAGAAGGGCAAAUAAUAAUUGAUACAAUGCAGGAGAUAUCAAUGAAUGAUCAAUCUGAACAUAGGGAGGCAAAGAAUGCAUCAAAGAGCUCUGUCAAGAAGCCAAGUGAAACAAAGGAGAGAGUUCUACAAAACUCAAAGGCUUCUUUAUCUGACAGGUCUCCAUCUUCUGUGCACCUAAAGACAAAGGUGAAGGCUGUUCCAUCAGCUACACCUGUUUUAUCUCAAUGUCUGGGAACAUUAAACCUGUUGGAGAAUAAAUGCAUGGAGAAGAAAACAACAGAAUUUGACAAAGCAGAUAGUUUAAGAGCAGCUGUUUUUCAGAAUUGGUUGGAAAAGAAAAAGCUCUUUCUAAUGGAAUUAAAGAGAACAGAAAAGGAGAAAGCCGAAAAUCUCAGAAACGAAACUGAAAAGAAAGAAGCACUUAGAAGAGAGGAAUCGAUUGCAUGUUUUGAAGCCUGGAAAGAAAAGAAAGCAAGAGAAGCAAAAAAGUUAAGUGAAAAAAAGAAGCUUGAGGAAAAAACCCCAGCAGAACAGAAUAAAGAGAAAACAGAAGCAGCACAGGCAUUCAAAAGAUGGAAAGAAAAAAAAGUGGAAUAUUUAAGAGAGCAAAGCAGAAAGGAAAAAGAAUCUGAAAGAAUCAGGAAGGAGAAAGAAGAGGAACUGAUUGCAGAGAAGAGGCGAGUCAGCAUAUCAGCAGUUGAAAAAUGGAAUGAAAAGAAGGAAGAAUAUAUAAAAAAGAAGAAAGUAGAAAAAUUGCUAGAGAGGAAAAAGCAAGAAAUGCAACAGGCAAAGAAGGAAGAAAAAAAUGAAAAGGCUAUGGAGGAAUAUGAAAGAUGGCUGGAAAACAAAGAGAGGAGAGAGGAGCUUGAGAAGAAGCAAAAGAAGUUGCAGUCUGUCCAUGGGAAUGAAAUGAGUCCUCCCUGGAGGCCACCUGGCAAAGUCACAUAUUCAGGGAAUUACUGAGAAGUUUAUUGCCUUGUGGAAGAAAACAUAGUCCACAAAGUUCUGACAAUGACUAGUCGCUAUUUCAUUAACAGUUGAUUUUCACUGGAUCCAUUGUAGGUGUUACAUUCUUUCUUUUUAGUUUAUUUGAUCUCUACAGUUUAAAUAAAUCACUUGUCUCUUUCCA